UUAAACGCCAGAGUGGAAACACAGAGAGUGAAGCUGGUAAAAGGAGCCGCCUGAACACAUUGCACUACGUUUUUGAGUCUCAGAAUCGUGGGCUGGCUCAGGCCGCACUGGGAUCUGUGGAAACACUUUCAUUCCGUGGAAUGACACUGACCCCGAUUGACUGCGCGGUCCUGUCUCAUGUCAUCGGACUCUGUGAUACAAUAAAAAUCCUCGACCUGGGGAACUGCCACAUUCAGUGUGAAGGAAUACAGCGGCUGGGACCCGGGCUGCACAAGUGCCAGGAGUUGAGACUUGGGCGGAAUGAACUGGGAGAUUCAGGAGUGAAAAUGGUGUCUGCAGCUCUGAGGAACCCGGAGUGUAAAAUACAGAAACUGGGGCUGAACAAUGUCCGUCUCACAGAUUCUGGUGCCGAGGAUCUCGCCUCCGCUCUCAGUGCAAACCCAUCACUGACGGAGCUGAACCUGAACAAUAACAAUCUGGGAGAUUCAGGAGUGAAUCUGGUGUCUGCGGCUCUGAGGAAGUCAGAGUGUCAGAUACAGAAACUGGAGCUGAGGAAUGUCGGUCUCACAGAUUCUGGUGCCGAGGAUCUCGUCUACGCUCUCUGUACUAUCCCAUCACUGACGGAGUUGGACCUGAGUGAAAAUAAACUGGGGGAUUCAGGAGUGAAAAUGGUGUCUGCGGCUCUGAGGAACACGGAGUAUAAAAUACAGAAACUGGGGCUGAACCAGGUCGGUCUCACAGAUUCUGGUGCCGAGGAUCUCGUCUCCGCUCUCAGUACAAACCCAUCACUGACGGGGCUGAACCUGGAAUCAAACUCUCUGACAGACCGAUCUGCACGCGCUCUCCGCCACCUCAUACUGACCCUCCCGAAUCUGGAGCGGAUCCGUCUGUUCUGGAAUCCGUUCAGUGAGACCGGGGAGGAGGAACUGAAACCUCUGCAGGGAGUCAGACCCGGACUGACAGUGGAUCUGUGAACAUCUGAAUGUGGGGAAUCGGUUCAGUGCGACCGGGAUGGAGGAACUGAGAUCUCUGCAGGAACCCAGACCCGGACUGACAGUGUGGACCGUGUGAACAUCUGAAUGUGGGGAAUCCGUUCAGUGAGACCGGAGAGAAGGAACUGGGAUCUCUGCGGGAAGUCAGACCCGGACUGACAGUGAUCCUGUGAACAUCUGAAUGUGUGAACAUCCCCGCCCGCGGGAUGAGGACAUUUUGGCCGAUUCCCCGCCCUCCCCGUUAUCUCCCACCCUUACCUUUAAUGGCCGCGCGCCUGGUUCAACUCCCAACGUCUUUAACAGAACCGGCUCAGGCCUCGCGCUGUGUGUCGCUCAGAACGGUCCCGCCGUGACGUAUUUCUGCCUGUUGUCCGACGGGGCAGCUUCCGCCGGAUGUGCGUGUUCGAGACUCCCGCGUGAGACCCCGGAAAAUUACCCAGACAGGAAGAGCCCGGGUUCCAGGGCUCAGUCUGGGACACAGCUGUCCCGGGGUGGGAUUAUCCCGGGAGAGAAUCAUUUUGCUCCCUUUGCUGAGGACGGUGCAUUCGGCUGUCUGGCCGAUAUAAUGAUGUUAAAUGGACAAAUCCCUCGGCAGUGACCCUGGAUCUGCAGCGAUCCCGGACACGGCCCUGAAGUGUGAUUUUAUAAUCAUUGCUUCCCCAAUGCAGAGUGACGGUGAGAAACGGGACUGAUUAUUCAACCAGUCACCCGUUGUCGCCGGUCAGUUAAUUGUGUGUGACUGUGAGUGAGCAGGAAGUAGCUUAUUUAUUCACACACGUCAGCAGCUCACACAUUGUUUAAUUUACAUUUGUCAUGAUGAAAUCAAUAAACCGCUGUAACUUCCUGUCCUGGUGCCGGACUCGAGUUUUAUUUGAGGUUUCUGUUGCCCCCCGCACCCUGUGCACUGCAACAGUGGGUCGGAGCUCCUCACACUGACACAGUAGCGUCUCAGCUCCAGGCUGAGGGAGGUCGGACUGGCAGAGUCUGGGCGCCCAGGAUCUCACCUCCAACAAAGCCCCUUCCUGGCUAACUGAUCCCCGCAGACAGAUAAAAUUGAUGAUAAUAUCACACGUGAGACCACUGAGGUCCCGAGUACGAAACUGAUCGGACGUGGAAUACCGGCUUUACACACGGAGUGAAGCUCCCUCCACACCAUUCCAUCACACACACCCGGGUUCAGACACAGAGUGAAUCUCCCUCCACAUCGUUCCAUCACACACACCCGGGUUCAGACAGAGUGAAUCUCCCUCCACACCGUUCCAUCACACACACCCGGGUUCAGACACAGAGUGAAUCUCCCUCCACAUUCUCCCUUCUCACAUUCCCAGGGUCAGACACAGAGUGAAUCUCCCUCCACACCGUUCCAUCACACACACCCGGGUUCAGACACAGAGUGAAUCUCCCUCCACACCGUUCCAUCACACACACCCGCGUUCAGACACAGAGUGAAUUUCCCUCCUCACCGUCCCAUCACACAAUCCCUGGGUCAGACACAGAGUGAAUCUCCCUCCGCACCGUCCCAUCACACACUCCCGGGGUCAGACACAGAGUGAAUCUCCCUCCACACCGUCCCAGCACACGCUUGCAAUGCCAAACGCACCUUUAACAAUACCUUUAACGGCCGCGCGCCGGGGCAGAUUCCCAACGGUUUUAACGGAACCGGCUCGGGCCUCACGCUGUGUGCGUCGCUCGGAGCGGUCCCGCAGUGACGUGUUUCCGCCUGCUGUCCGGCGGGUCAACUUCCGCCGGAAGUGCAUGAUCGAGACUCCCCCACGUGGCGCCCCGGAGAAUGACCCGUCUGCACCAUUCCAUCACUCAAUUAAUCCCACCCUGCAAAAUCUCAUUUCAGGG